UCGCAUCAUGAAAAGUUUAUUUCUGAACACUUGCGCACCCCCUUCGAAUCUUUUAUCAUACACUAUUGGCCAGUUGAAUGUUUUUCUUUUGUCUUUCCCCCUGGGGACAAUCUGGAGACAGCUGGGAUUAAAGUGAGAAGUGUCAGUGCUUGACUGACAGCGGUGACCGUUUCUUUUGAAGCAGAAAUGGCCACCGCGAGGCUCGAUUACGUCGCUCCGUGGUGGACUUAUUGGCUGCACAAUUUUCCUCACCUUAACUUUGUGUUUCAGUCUGUGGACAACACUUUCAAACCGGAGGAGCCCAGCUACCAGCAGUCUAUAGUUGUCUUUGCGUUCAUUGGUGCUGUGGGUCUGUGCCUGAGCUUGUUGCUUUUGGUAGUGUACUUGGUGUGGCUUUGUGUCUGUCGCCAUGACAUCGAUGAGGAAACCAAAAGACCUGAUACCUGCUGCAUCACAUGGGCUGCUGUUUUAUCUGGCCUCAUCAUUUGUUCGGCGGUGGGAGUGGGUUUCUAUGGCAACAGCGAGACCAAUGAUGGGAUGUACCAGCUGACCUACUCCCUGUACAAUGCCAAUCACACGUUUGGCACUAUCAACAGUAUGGUUACAGGGGCCAAGGAAAAUGCAGAAACUGGCCUAAAGCAGCAUUUGGAGCGCCUGGAUGAGCUCUUCUCCACGAGGCCAGAUCUGCUGCAGGCUCUGCGCUUCAUGCAGUUAAUGGUCAACAACGUAAUCCAAGAGAUGACCGCCCUCCCAGACCUGAACACAGCCAACGCCAACCUGGGGAACGUGGCUGAUCAAACGGCUUUCGUGGAGUAUUACAGGUGGCUGACGUACCUACUGCUGCUGAUUUUUGAUCUCGUCAUCUGCCUGACCAUGUGCUUAGGAAUGGCCAAACAGUCCAGAUGGCUCCUCAUCCUGAUCAUGGGGUUGGUGAUGCUGUCGAUGAUACUCAGCUGGGUCUCACUGGGAGCAGGAAUGGCUACUGCUGUGGGCACUAGUGACUUCUGUGUAUCUCCAGACAAAUUUAUUGUGAACCAAACCAAGGAUGUUAUUACUGCAGAUGUUGCACACUAUUACUUGUUCUGCAGUCCUAAUCUACCAAAUCCUUUCCAACAGUCCCUGACAAUCUGCCAGCGCUCUGUGACCACCAUGCAAAUCCAGAUCCAGAACUUACUGCGGUUAACAGUGCCCAUCUUUCCCUCUGCUGAGAAAGACCUUUUGGGGAUCCAGCGACUGUUGAACUCAACAGAGUUCAGUCUGCACCAGCUAACAGCCCUGCUCGACUGCCGUGGAAUACAUAAGGACUAUGUGGACGCCCUAAUAGGGAUGUGUUAUGAUGGGGUGGAAGGGCUGCUCUACCUCUCUUUGUUCUCUCUGCUGGCGGCCUGUGCUCUCUCUGCCAUGCUGUGCACAAUCCUGAGAGUGUGGACACUAAUGGGCAGCAGAGACCGGGAGUAUGACGACAUCGAUGAGGAGGAUCCCUUUAACCCCCAGGCCAGACGUCUGUCCUACAACCCCAGAAGGUCUAACAUCCACAGUUUUUGUAGCUAUACAAGUAGCAUUGGCAGUCAGACAAGCCUCCCACCACCUCCUCAGUCUGCUUCUAACACUUUACAGCCCCCUGAAUACAUGAAUCAAGCCAUGCUGUUUGGAGGCAACCCUCGUUAUGAGAAUAUGCCACUCAUAGGGAGAGGAUCACCACCGCCAUCGUACUCACCCAGUAUGAGGACCCCCUAUAUGUCCAUAACUGAAGCUCAGAUCAGACACUUUGGCACUGACUUCCAGAUAUAACCUUCUACAUAUUGCUUCUCUAAAUCAUGUAGAGAAACACUAUGAGACUCUGGGAAUGUCUUCAAGGUGUUGUCCUCUUUACAGCGACUGAGGUCUGCUGUAGGACACGACUACAGGCCAUCAUACUGAGACCUUGGAUAGAAUGACUACAGAUGUCUCCUGAUUUAUAAUGAUGAAGCUGUGGCUCAAAUGUGAGCUUUCACAAUGACGGUUUGUUAUAUUGCAAUUAUGUGGUUUGUAUUACGUUUGCCAGUAAAAUCUGGUCAGUAUGUUUCUGAAUUAUUGCAGAAAAUAGGCAUGGGACACCGUAGCUAUUAUUUGACUGCCAUUAAGACAAAAUGUUUGGAUGAAUAACUUUAUUAGAUUAAAGACUGAAAGACUGAUGCAUGUUUGAAAAUGUUUUGCAUUGACCACAGUAUAAAUUUGUUACGAGCUAGAAUAUUAUAGGGUUUUUUUUUAUUAUUAUUAUUAUCAUUAUUAUUUUAUUUCAUUUUUUUUUUUUUUUAUUCUGUAAAUAUUGUAUGUUGUAUGGAAAACCUUUGCAAACUCCACUGGAUUGGCCUACCCCAAAUGCCUUACCUGUUAUGUGCUGUUCAUGUAAAUUGUGCACUGUCUAUUAUUUUCUUACGUGAUAUGAGUCCUACAUAAACC